CGAGACUGUGAGAAAGAUUUGAACGUUAAAAAUUCUCUCUAAAUCAGAAAAUAUUUGAGUAAACAUCAAUGGCAACUGGGGGAAAAGUUGCAAUUAUAACUGGUGGUAAUGCAGGUAUUGGUUUGACAGUUGCACAGAGGCUAUUAACAGAGCACCCUGAAUUAACACUUUGUUUAGCAUGUCGUAGUAAACCAAGAGCAGAGGCAGCCAGAGAUGUCUUACUGUUGUCGCAUCCAAAAGCUAGCAUAUCAAUAGUGUUGGUGGAUACUUCUAAUAUCAAAUCUGUUUACCAAGCUGCAAAACAACUUAAACAAAUGUAUAAUCAUGUAGACUACUUAUAUUUAAAUGCUGGUAUUAUGAAAGUUGUUGGUGUCAAUUGGGAUUAUUUUUGGAAAAAUUUAUUUUCAAGUAAAUUUAUUCAUAUGUUUACCACUGGUGAUGGAUUGUUAAAAGAAAAGGAAGAAAUUACUGAAGAAGGUUUAGAAACAGUAUUUGCUACCAAUGUCUUCGGUCAUUUUGUACUUAUAAAGGAAUUAGAAGAUAUCUUGGGUCAAAAUGGUUGCCCAACACAGUUGAUUUGGACAUCUUCUUCUAAUGCUGUUGAAACACAUUUUGAUAUAGACAACAUACAACAUAGGAACAAAGAAGGAGGCCAUUACAGUUCAUCCAAGUAUUCUACCGAUGUCUUAAGUAUAGCUUUAAAUAUUCAAUUUAAUAACAAGGGUAUUUAUUCCCAUGUAACUUGUCCUGGCUUAGUUAUGACAAAUCUGACUUUUGGUAUUCUGCCAUCUUGGUUUUGGAAUUUGAUAUUACCAAUAUUCUGGCUGCUAAGAAUAUUUGUACCAACAAUGAAUUAUGAUACAUAUAAUGGUAGUGAAGCUUUAGUUUGGCUCUCUAAACAACAACCAGAAAGUUUAGAUGCUAGAUGUAAAUAUGUUAGCCAUUGUAAUUUCUGGGGUACAAGAUAUGUUCAUCAACAUAAGCUAAAGAUAGAAGAUAAAACUGCUGAUAAUUUAUACCAACAAUUAGUUCAGCUAGAACAAACAUUUAACCACAAAUAAUAUAAAUUUUAAUAUAUUGUACAGUUGUUGUUUGUCAAGUGACACACGCAUACGUUUUACAAGUAUAUUGUAAUCAUCCUGUCGGUCCAUCAAUCCUUCACAUUUGGCUCGUGCUCACUCUACAGGCUACAAUUCUUUAUAGAUUCUUUUGAUUUUUAUUUUGUGGGUCAAUGUCAUUAUGAAGAUGCUCCCUAUAGAUUUUCAGGAUGAUCUGAUAAUUUUUCACCAAGAUAUCAUUUUCAACUUAGUGUAUUCACUCUAAUAGCCAUAUAGUCACAGUGCAACUUUUGCUCACUCUUCAUGCCAUAAUUCUUUAUGGAUUCUUUUGAUACACAUAGUAUGGAAUCUUGUUGUCCGUUCACUCGUGCUCACUCUUGAUGGAUUCUUGAUUGAUUUUCCAUUUUUUAUGAGUCAAUGUCAUUAUGAAGAUAAUGUCGGCCGUCCAUCCAUUGAUAAAAACCAGCCUUGUAGUGAUAUAAUACAGUUUGCUUAAAAUUCUCUAUAGACUAAACACGAACUUAUUCAACCAAAUGUGAAUGGACAACAAACAAUGAUUUGUACAUGCAAUCAAAGCUGCUGGUGGGCUUAUGCCACCUUGCUUAGCAAAGCCAUCUUUGUAUGGGCACUUUUGUUGGUAAAUCAAAUGAUUAUUCUUAUCAGAAUUAGAAUAUCAGCUGCAUAAUAAUAGUGAGUCUUAGGACUUUCUAGUUAGAGGUCGAGUAUUGACAUUGAAAUUGCUGAAACAGGGUUACUUGACACACAAACUUCAUGUCAUGUAGGAAAUAUUAUGGUCAUUUAGGAGAACUCCUAGAUAACUACAAUAAAUCUGCUACUUGCAUUUCUGUCAGCUUUUAGUCAAGGUAUGAACUGAUCUGAUUGUAUCUCAUGAUUUUGACCAUUAUAGUAGUGGCGGGUGUUGUGCAAAGCAGACCAUGCUUAAUCUUUUCCAAACACCUACCUUUACUUUGGAGGAUUCCACGGCUAUUUGUUGAGAAGCAUGUUGUCUGCCAAAUAUUAGGCAUUGCAAACAAUUCAGAAGAUGCUCCAAAUGUUGAUAGACAAUACUUUUUCAAACAAUGCCAAUAAAUUUCUAGCUGGCAGACAUACAUUUACAUUGCCUUAUUAAUUUGUUAACACCUGGCAAGAUAAUUAACA